AUGGACAGUUUGGAGGAUCUACACGAGGAGUUCUCAUCUGACACCCCAAAUUCGGAGUUCAUUGAUGAACUCCUACAAGAGUCUGAGAAGACAGAAAUUAGUAAACCAACCCUCGAAGAGAGUCAUUGGAGUACAAACCUUAAAAAGGUAGCAGAUGCACUGUUCAGAGCAAUUGGGAAGCCGUGGACUGUACCAUGGACUGCCGAGACCAUCCUACAGGUAACACUCCUUUGGGUCAUCUCGUUCUGGUUCGUUGGCACAUGGAUGAUCCCAUUCGGGGCCUACAUCGCCGGCUUCAGCAAGAGAUCCCUCACAUACAGAGGCCAGGCUCUGUUCAGCCUCAUAACGGAUGUGACCCAAGGCCUAGCCGGAAUAUUGAUCCUCCACCGUUGUCUGUCACGAUUCCGGCCACUGCCGCCCGAUUGGUUUAGGUUCAGCCUGAAAGGGAACUGGCCACUUGACGUUCUAAUCGGAUGCUUCCUAUUCCCAUUGGUCAACCGCCUCUCGCAAUUCAACUUGGAUAUAUUGCCCAUUUUGCCCUCGACACCCGUAGCCCUCUCUAGUGUGGAGCAGUCAAUUAUGGCUCGCGAUCCGGUUGCCAUGGGUCUUUAUGCUUUGGUGCUCGUUGUUUGUGCUCCUUUGUGGGAGGAGAUCGUGUUCAGGGGCUUUCUUUUGCCUUCCUUGACCAAGUGCAUGCCCGUGUGGUGCUCGGUCUUGGUGAGUGCAUUCGCAUUUGCCCUGGCCCAUUUCAAUGUGCAGAGGAUGUUGCCGUUGGUUUUUCUAGGGGUUGUUAUGGGCGUCAUUUACGCGCGGUCGAGGAAUCUGUUGCCCUCGAUGCUGCUGCAUAGCCUGUGGAAUGGUUUUGUAUUUUUGGAUUUGAUGAAGUGA